UUUCGACCGCCGAAAGGGGUGCCACGCUUGCAGAUCUUGACAAGUAACACAUGUACUACAUAUAAAUGAUGAUUAACUCCUUUACUUUAAUUAUUUAAUUAUAAUCCACGAUGACAGACCACGAUUAAGUACCGUGGACGUCGGAUCAAAUUGUCUUCCUACACGUUCCGCAGUGUAAAACUCAUCAUGGGGAGAGGGAGAAGGACAAUAAUCAGACCCGAUCACCGUGCUACAUGACGUUCGGAAAAACUGAAGAUCCGGAUCCCGUAAACGUUGGGAUCUCCAUGGGUGAUGGACACUAAGACACCGCCGAUAACGCAAAAGCAGAACAGCACAAGUCAGCAACACCUCGAUAGAACGAAAUUCAAGACACCCCCGGUCCGGCACGUACAAAUAUCACUUCCCCCGUUGACACCGCCACCGAAUCGUCGACAGAGAUUGAAGACCCCGAAUUCACCCUGGGCCCGCGGCUCGGCUGGACCCGGAAUAUACGCCGCCGACGGGGGGAACAAUAAUUAUCACACUAAUCGUCAGUCGGAAAGACCUUACAGAGUUCUCCACCUGGGGGCAACGCCGCUGAUGCACGCGUGCCAACAAGCGGACCGAUCGCGGGUUCUGCACCUCCUCAAGGAGCAAAGGGACACGAUAGGGUACAGGGACCGAACGUUGAGGAACGCCCUUCACUACUGCAUGGACGCGGGUACGGGAGGCGCGGUGGCGUCGGCGGCACCUGAAUUGGUGAACGCGCCGGACGCCGAAGGACACACGCCUCUCCACCUGGCCGUCAUCGCCGGCGACGCCCAGCUCGUCGCUGUCCUUUUGGCCAACGGGGCCGACGUAAAUGCCAAGGACUCCGAAGGGCACAGCGUUCUCCACUGGGCGACCGUAUGCGGGGAGGUGGAAUGCGUCCGGCUGGUUUUGGCCGCGGGUGCGCGUCCGUCAACGCCGGACAUGCGGGGAGGAUCGCCUCUUCACUACGCGGCGCAAUGCUGCGGAGCUGCGGCUCCGUCGGAGCUUUCAGUGCCGAAAAAGAUCGGUCUCAAGGUGCUGCAGUCUCUACUUGACUACGGAGCAAACCAUAACGCGAAGGACGAAGACGGCCGUCAGCCAAUUCUAUGGGCUGCCAGCGCUGGAAGCGUCGACGCCCUUCUCGCUCUCGCAAGGGCGGGAGGAUCCGCGGCUGCCGGCGCCUCGGACAAAGAUGGUCUGACCGCUCUUCACUGCGCGGCGUCCCGAGGACACGCCGGAUGCGUCGAAGCCCUGGUGAACCUGUGCGGUUCGCAGCCGGAUCACGUCGACGAUAACGGAUGCUCGGCGCUUCAUUACGCCGCUACUUUGGGCCACGCGGACGCCACAGCGCUUCUUCUCCGACUCGGCGCCGACCCGAACAGACAAGAUCGAAAGGGAAGAACACCAGCACUGUGCGCGGCAGCAAAGGGUCAGCUCGAGACGCUGAAGCUGUUGGCACAACACGGAGGGUCCUUGUACGCGAGGACGGUGCGAGGCAGCGGAGUUGCCCACGAGUCGGCGGCUUCGGGUAGAGUGGAAUUGAUAAAGUGGCUGGCCAAGAAGCGUCCGGGAAUACUCGACGUAGCUACGCACGAUGGUCGAACGCCUCUCCACAUCGCGGCGCUCCACGGUCACGUCGACGCGUGCAAGGUCCUUCUGGACAACGGAGCCCGGGUUAACGCGAUCCUAAGGACCUCGAAGGGCGGGCAAAUGACGGCCCUUGACGCCGCUCUUUACCGAGGUCACAGGGACUGCGCAAAGCUGAUACAAAUGCACGGUGGAACGACGGCGCAGCAUGUCAAAACCCGGAAGAUCGGAGGCACGAUACACUGCAAGGAAUUGGCGGCUCAGCUGCGGGCGCGAAAACGUGAUGGAGAAACAAGCUCGGAUGACGAAGAGGUGGACGACAGGGACGUAUCACCGAGGAUCAGGCGACGUCGGCGACGCCGAGGUUCCCGAGAGCCAGAUUGUGACGUCUCUGAACAACGCGAGGAGGACCGAGGCGGAAGUCGGAGCUACAGCGACCAGGAGGAGCCCAGGUCAACGUCGAGGAGGGCCGUGAGGAGUCGGCGCCGUCGGGCGCGCAGCGAAAGCUGCGGAAGAGGCCGGGGAUCGCGGAAAAGAAACGCGAAGCAAAAGUCCGGCGGGCGGAACCACGAGUACGACGGCUCCUCGAGCACGCAUUCGGGGGAAGCGACGGAGUUCGGAUCCGACGAGGAUACGGAGAGCGACGGGAGCGUCGUGAGCGAGGACAGUCUCGAGGUGGUGAUCGUAAAGAAAUCUGUCGAGAAAACCUCGGAGAGGGUCGAAGUGUCGGGCAGGAAACCGAAGCGGACUUCCGGGGGUGAAAAGAGCUCCGUGAUCAGGUCGACGAGGUCGAAAACGCGACGUAAAACCGUGAGGAAGAAGCCAAAGGAGCAGAACGAUGCCGAGGGAAAUGGGAGGCCCGAAAACCUCAAGAAAAGCGAGCCUGAAGCACCGAAACCCGUGAAAACACCGACGAAUAACGACGCCGAGGAACGUAGGUGCGGAAGGAAAAUGCAGUACCAAAUUGAGGCUGGUGACAGCACGAGCCAAGAAGCCAUCGAACGCGUUACCGUCACGGUCAUGGUGCACAAGGAUCAUCUCUCGGACACGCCCAAGACUACGUCGAUUGAGAGCUCGUCGAGAAACGGAGAUACGGAAAAGUCGAGUAAGGAUCAUCAAUCUGCGGCGGUAAAAGAAAAAGAGGAAGUGGAUCGUGCGGAAAGUGAUAACGUAAAACAAGAAGAUGAAAAGGAAGAAGUAGAGGAAGAAGAACAGGCGGAAAAGAAAGAGAUUCAAGAACAACGUUCCGAAAGUGAGCCGAAAAAAAAAACUAGGCCUCGAUCGGCUCGGCCGGGUUCGAGCAGAGGGAAACGCGUGACGUCGGCGAGAACGCGGAUGGAUCACAUACUGGAAAAGGCUGACGAGAUGCAGAGCGCGCUGGUGCAGAAAGCGGCCGAUCUGAAGAAGGGAAUCGAGGAAAUGCGGGAACAGAUAACAGGAGAAAAAACCGGGGACGAUCGUGGAGCCCAGGAAUCAAGUUCGAGUGAAGAGAAGGUGGCGGGAAAAAACGGUCAGGAAGAAUCCGACGGUGUCGUGACGCAGAAAGUUACGGGGACACUAGAGGGAACUGAAUCAGACCUUGCAGGGUCCGAGAAGAACGUUGCCGAAGAGUCGAAAACCGCCGAUUCGAAUGGUUCGAAAAUCGAACACGGAUCAUCCGGCGAUGCUUCGGAGCACGAAAAGAUCUCGGUUGGUUUGGAAGCGAAGAAGUCGAUUUCUUUUGAGGAAUCUAGUAAUGAGAAAGAAUCCGAGGAUCUGGUUACAGACCAAAAACGAUCCGCCGAUGAUCAGCCUACUCGAAGUGGUAAAUCGUCGUCGAGGUCGUCGAUCCGGUCGAAAAGUCGACCAGGUACAGCGGUGGACAAAUCCGCAGGAUCGCCGGACAGCAAGUCGGAUUCGAAGUCUGUUUCGAAGCCUGGCAGCAGAAUGAGCAAAUCAAGAUCUGGGGAUAGCCGGAAAUCGGAUUCCGUGAAAUCAGUGGACGACGUCGAGUCGUCGAAUGCUGCCGUUAAGGAGCGUCAAGAAACGGUGACAGAACGAUUGGGCGAAAUCAAAGCGAAAUCAUCAGAUCCCGAUGAUAACGAGUCAUCGAAGACUGGAAAAGAGCUUGUUGAACACGAUGGGAAGUUCGUGGAAGAGGUUAACGAUGUCGAGUCCGAGUCUCGGGUUAUCGUCGAAGAGAGUUCGUCAUCGCCACAGGCAAACGCUGAGUCGCAAAAAUCCCGGUCUCGACCAUCGACGGCAAAACAACGUGGAAAGUCGUCCGGUAAAGGAGGAAUUCUACGCCGGGUCGAUAGCUCGGACGAAUCGUCACCGGCUCGUACCGCGGCAAUCGUUGCCGUGAUAGAGAGCCCCGAGUGGCCAGAGGACGAGGAAGACGAAGAGGAAGAAGAAGAGGAAGAGGAAGAGGCGAUCGACAACGAGAUACGAGAAGCGAUUGGCGAGUAUCCGGAACCCGAGACUGACCUCGACGACAACAGCGUCGGGGUGAUGAGGGUCUUGCCGAGCACAAGCGACGAGGAAACCCCUCGAACAUUGGGCCAAUCGCGAACAUCCGGCAUCGACUCGCUGCCACAGGUUGCGCCCAGGCCGCGAGCCCGAAUGCUGAGAGUUCGUAGUCCGGGAAAGAAAGAGGAUAGAGCUCGUCAUCGUCGGGACAGCGGGGGUCGAGACAGCGGUAUCGAGCCGAGUCCGCGGAUAUCGAAGAUACCUCGAAGAACGUCGCGAUGCUACCCGAACACCGAGAAGCAGCAGGCGCUGAACAUGGAGACGGUGACGAGGGACGUUCAGAUAAGUUUGCGCCGUUAUCACCUCGAGAGGAAAAUAUUCUUCCAGUUAAUGGAGCUCAAGAGACUUCAGAUAAGAAACGGAAGAGCGAACGAACAGGUUCUGGUCAAGCGUCAGGUCGAGGCUUUCCACAGGGCCGGAACAUCCGGGCCUACGUUGGGGGUGGCCAAAUACGAUCAGCCGUUGACCUUCAGGCACUUCGAGGCUUUCCUCUACGAGCAGUUGAGGCGUCUUCAACGACGUCCGGCGACUCCGGACUGGUGCACGGGCGCCAAGCAAUGUACCCAGAAAACCCACCGUUGUCACCACGCCACAAGUGCCUACACUUCGCUUCCGGUCUACACAUAUCUGGGGGUUGGAGAUCGGAGUGGAAAUCUACUUCCGAGUAUCGAGGGACGAGGAGGACGGGGCCAAAUGACGGUCGAAGUCACCCACGGUGAGAAUAAGCAGGUAAUCGCGCUUCCAGCGGAAAGAUUAGAUCGAGGCAAACGGUACUUCGUCACGUUUACAGUACGGGGCGACGCUCAGGACAGAGAAAAGUCUAUCAAUAAAAAUUCCCAACAGCUUAGCGCCGCAGCUGCAGCGUCCCAGAGGAACGCGAAAAGCGUUUAAAGAUAAGCGAUUUACAAAUGAAACGCUGAUGAGACAGCGAAUUUUUACUACGAAGAUAAUCAAAUAUUCGAUUGAAUACGAAACGCAUCGUCAAUAUAGGUAUUGUUACGUGAUGAUGCACCGCUGAUGCUGCCUGCUACGUGUUAUAAAAUAUAGGUAUAGUUUAUCAUAAAAUCGUUGUCUCUUAUUUCCAAAAACAAUAGAAAAGCUUCCCCCGUAUAGGAAAUAAUUUUUAUAGAUCCGUUUAGAGUAAUAUCGUAACGUCAUACGUUGCAGGGACCAUAUGAUUGACGAUUUAUAAUAUUAUGUGUGUAUAGUUGACGUAAUAUAAGAUAUAUUGCGUGUCUGUGUCAGCUGUUUAUCUUUACAAAACGGUAUAUAACUGAUAGGUCGUUGUUACAUUGCAAUAUCCCAUACGUCAUGUCGUGAGAACAAAAAUAUAAUCAAAAUAUAUUGUUUAAGAAAGUGUUCAGGAAAACUAAAAAUAAUAUACAUGUACAUAUACACCUACACGCAUAUGAGCAACGAAUCGAAUAAUAAGAAGAAAAAAAAAUCUAUGCUGGUAUCAAAAUUAUUCAUAACGUACUAAAAAUUAAUUGAGAAUAAUAUGAAGAAUUAACAUUGUGCGGUGUAUAAUACUGUACCGAUCUGCAUCGAUUGUUAUAAAUGUGUGAAAAACCA